AUGGCUAGCGCCACUACUGCCGGCACCCCUGCCGUUGUUGAGAAGACGGCGGAGGAGAUCCGCAAGGAGAUCGACGAGCUCCACCGCCAGCAGCGUGAGGUCCUAUUUUCGCGGCCCUUCCCGUCCAUCUCUUCUUCUGGUUGUGCUGUGUGUAUGCGUUAUGGUCUUCGUGGUGUUUCUGGUAAUCUGCAGAUAACAGAGCGUCUACGGGAUCCGAGGGGUCUCCGUCGCGCCGGCCUGGCUCAAAAUGGUCCUCGUUCUAUUGCCGGGGUCCGCCCGCGAGGAUUUGUGAGGCCUGUGAGUGUGGAUGAGAUGUUCUUUUUGCCUACUUUAUUCGUAAUAUUUCUGCGUCUUUUUUAUUAUUUUGUUGUUUCUUUCGUGUUUGGAUUUCCCGCUCAGGCGGAUAGGGCAGACAACGAGGACCUGCCUCCUGCGAAGAGGCGUCUAUCCUCCGCUGUGGUCAAGGUGAUUCGCGGAAACCUUGCCUCUCUCUAUCUUUAUUUCCUCCGUAUGUUGUCCUUUUCUCUCAACCUCUUCAUCGUUGGGUGCGUCGUAACGUGAUUUUGGAUUUUAGGUCGGGGGCGGAGAGAGUGAGGAUCUCAAUCACGGUGAGAACCAUGCUAAAAAUCAGGAUGCCGAGACAGCGGCAGACGAGGGUGCCGUCGUGUCUAACACGGAUGACAACAGCUACCGGAGGAUGACAAUGGCUGGUCCCCAGGGGACUGAUGGGUUUAGGAGACACGGAAAUCAGAGAUUUUCGAGAGUGGUAAUGGUCGCUAAUUCUUUUGAUUUUUACAUUUAUUUAUUUAAUCCUUUUAAAAGUUAUGUUCGUUUUCAUUGCUUUUGUUACAGGAUUAUAGUGUACCAACGUCGGAGCAUGUGCCUAGGGUAUUGCCAAAAGAUGAGGACCCGAGCUUGGUGAAGAGGAACAGAAGGAUGCUCGGGCAGCUGCUGGGAACUCUGGAGGUACGUCACUAAUUGAGGAAAAAGAACCCUCCUUCCCCUAAAAUUAAGUCAGUACUGUCCUGCAUUGGCUGAAGAGUUUCAUCCUUGGAUUUUAUGUCAAGAAUUUGGUCACUUUGUUCCAGUUGUUGUCUUGAACUGUAUGAAUUCGAAUCAAUACGACCAGGCUGAUGUUACCCUGGUUCAUCGUAUGUCUAUUGAACUAUUUUCCUUAUUUUCUGUACAUUAUGCUGUAAUUAUACGUUUUUUUUCUCCCUUAGUAUGCUAAUUUAGUGACUUUAGUUCAAUAGCUCACUAAAUGAAAAACAAAACCUUUUAUAAAGUGAGUUUUGGGUUGCUUAUGGAUUUUGAAGUAGGUUGAAUUUGCAUAGUUGGAUGUGUAUCACCAACCAAUUAUUUAUGUCUGCUGCAUGUCAAUGAAAUCGUUAAAUGAAUCGUAUCUCACGUGUAAACUUGAUUUUUAGCAGUGUGCUGGGAAUUCAUUAUAGCCGUGUGCUCUGAAAUAUUUGCUUAUGCCCCAGUUUUGAUGCACCAGUAAAAAAUAGUUGCUAUUCCCAAUAAAUUUUAUUGCUAUAAAGGAAGGAGGAAUGGAACAUAAUGCUGUCAUAAAAAAUGAAGAAACGAAGCACUUGUAACGAUUGGGACCAGUCGGAUUCCAUUUCUUUCCUACAGAAGAUGUUUACCCUCAGUGCAUCAUAUUACAUUAUUUCCUCAUAAAUACUUUUCGGCAAGAAUUUCAUUCUUCUGAUCAUGCCAGAAUUGAUAUAUAUUUUUUUUUGAUGGAUUUAGAAUUGAGCUAGAAAUCAUGGUUGACCAGUUUACUGGUAGAUUCUGACAGGGCAACUACUGAUUUUUUCCAGUUUAAUUAUAAUUGAGUGUAUAUCUUCCCGAAGUGAUAAUCUUUUGAGGUUCUCACAUUCUUCUGUUCCUCAAUUCCUUUUCAUUAAUUAUCAUCCUCGUUUUCGUUACAUAUUAAAUGACGGUCAUAGUCAGUUUUGUGAAUAUCAAGCUUGGAAGUAUGGUCGACAUCGCUUCUGCAUUUUUGUGAUCCCUGAUCAAUGAUUAAUAUUUUUUUAUCGUGUUUAAAAGUCUUUGGGCCCAAGGUUUCAAAUUUCUUAAUCAUCUAUGCUUUCUUUUAUUUCUAAUCUCAUGGGCUAAAUCUGUGAUUGUAUUUGUUAACGAAGAAAGUUGCAUUUCAACAGUUUUAUAGUUUCAUACUGUGUUUUGCAUUUGCAGAACUUCAGUUCUUAUUCCGCCAAUGGUAUGAGUUUAAAGUUUGCUUGCAAACAAGAUUUCUUGUCUACUUUUGGUUUGAAUUAAAUUUUUCUGAUGAAAAAUGGGCACAUCUAAUAUAUUGCGUUUUGCAUCUUUUCUUCACAUACUUUUGUACGUUCAGUUUCUACUUCUAUGAUGAACAAACUCGUAAACUAUUUUUCUUCUUUUGUGAUAUCAGAAAUUUCAGGAGGAGGACAGAAAGUUAUCUGCAUCAGAGGCAUAUUUGCGACGUUCUGAUUCUUUGCAGAGAGUGAGUUAAUCCUCGUUGUUAACAUGGUACCUUAUUUAUCUAGAUGAAACUAUAUGAACAGUGAAAUAAUUGUAUACCAAAACAUCUGAACUUAGAAAUGGCUUUAUAAGCACAACCUUAAGAAAUCCCAUAAAUGGAAACACCUGAUGUUCUAUGACUACUGACCUGUGGUUUUCCCUCAAAUAUCACAACUGUAGAAAUCGCUUAAUUCUGUAGAUCGUGUUCAGAAUACUAUGUCUGAUAUCCAACAAGACGAUAAAAUGCAAGGUGCUUUAGAUUUUCUAUAAAUUAGAAUUUUGAGGAGAUGUCUUGAUAAAGUUGAUGGAAGUCGUUUGCUAUCAUCUGGAUACUUACAAAGGAUACCAGAAAAUGGAAUCUAUCAAACGUUAAUUAGCCUUCAUAUUCUUAAUUUUACUAUCAUGCUGACUGGUUACUGUUUUUGUUGUUAUGCUUCGAACUUACGGGAUUCUGUUGCCAGAUUGGGUCUGGAUUAGCCUAGUUUGAAGUUGGUUAUUUCAGCUGUACUAUAAUCUGUUUUUAUAUAAUAAAUUGGUGAUAUUCUUUACUAUGAAAAAAUUCCUCCUCUUUUAUGUUCUAUAACUCAUAAUUUGUUUUUUUGGCGUUAUCUCCCUAUACAUUAUUUUUACUGAUUCUUUCCCCCGUCGUACAACUCUUUUAUACUUAGGCUGAGCAAAGGGCAAAGGAGGAAAGCGAAAGGUUGAGGCAGCAAGAACGUGAAGAACUUGCUAUGAAACGUAGACGUGAUCUUGUGAGCUCUCUCACUCAUUCUAAUCAGUUAUGCUGUCAACUGGGGGAUACAAUAUUCCUAACGUGAAAUAUGACUUACAUUUGAUCUUCUCUUUCUGUCAUCUGUAUCCGUUUUUACGAUAGAAAAAAUUCCUUGAGAAACAAGUUAAUUCUUAUAAUUUUUCUUUUGUCAGCAUAAAUAGAAAGUUACUGAUUAAAAUUUCCUUCUGUUCUAUUUUGAAACAUCUUGAUUUAGACCCUUCGAGCUCGUAUUGCGGCCAAAGCAGAGGAAAAAAAGUUAGAACUUCUUUUUAUUCGGUGGUCUGAGCACCAUAAGAGGCUGUGCAAUUUCUUAAGGUAUGCAAUGAAAUAAUUUGUUAAGGCUGUGCCAUUAUUAUCUACUCCUCCAGCACGUGAACUUCUUGAUAUUCUUGUCGAGUAUUCUUAUAAAGUCAAGAUCAACAUUGUCUGUCUUAAUAUUUUUGCAACUUCAAUUCAUCUCAUUUUCUUGAUGUUUUUCGCACUGCAGGUUAUUUUUAUUUUUGGCCCAAAGUGUCCAUAUUGACAUUUAAUUGCGACAGAUAAGUUUCUGUUUGUAUGCAUAGUGCAUUUGAAUGAAAGUCAAUGCGUAAAGAAUCAGUGGAUUCUACACAUCAUAAACAUUUAAUUAGAAAUGAUGACUUCAUUUUGAUUGGAUAUGUUUCUGUUUCCUAGGACAAAGACGGAACCUCCAAUAUAUUACUUACCAGCUAAACCAUUAGAAGACGAUUCAAAUACAGCUGAUGAGAGAAAGCAGCAGGUAUCAUUUCCUUAACAUAUUGGUGUUCGUUAUAACAGGUUAGCAUGGCGGUUGCUUCUGUUUUUAUUAUAUUUUGGUGUUGAAAAUAUAACUUAUUGUAAAUUAGGACAAAAACAGGUGGUUUUGAUGAGGCCCUGUUUUGUGAUUCUAUUUGUUAGUCUAUUUUCCAGUCUUGCACUUUUCGUCUUAGAUAACAGAGUUGGUCCCAUAUUGCUCACCCAAACUUGCUGGAGUUAUGGUCAGUUCUCUAAACAAGCAUGCCAGCACGUGUCAGGGGAUUACCUUUGCUGGCCCAAACAGGGUAAAUUGGAUUGUUGGAUUAUUUGAGAGUUUUGUUGUCCAAAGAGGAACCAAUUUUCGCAAGCUACUUCAGUUACAUGGUAAACGUAAUCAUGAAAUGAACUUUUAUAAGUACAUGGCCUCUCAAGACCUGCCUGAGCUACAAUUUUUAUUUGCUACGUCGUAACUUUAGGAAGGGACAUCUUUGUACGUUAAUGGUCGAUAUCACUGAGGUGAUGAAUUGGCUUCGGCUGUGACAGUCUUCCAGAAGAAUGAUUAGAUUCAGGGUAUAAGAAAAUGCCUAGAUGGAUACAGAGAACUGCGAUUUUAAUUGUAAGCUGUAUGGGGGUGCCUUUUUGGUUUCAGGGCGGAUGUCUCUCCUGCCAUUGCUCACCACUUGCCCGUGACAUUAGUUCUUCUGUCUUCCUCUUUUUUCUUGCUGUCAGCCCCUAACAACGGAGAUGUAGCUAUUCUCCUGCUUCUUCAUUUGGUGACUUCCAUUUGCCACAACCCUUAUUUUGUUGGCAGGCUCCAAUUCAGUAUCACCUCUUUCCUCACCAAUUAAAUUUUAUGUCCCUGUUUUUCUCUCUCUGUCUCAUGCUCGGGCCCAAAUUCCCCAGCCCUUCUCCAUCAGAUUAGUUCAUUUCUCUCAUAUUUCUACUUGUUUCUGUUAAGAUCCCAAAACAGGGACCAAAACAAGGGUAGAAACUAGGGCAGCAACCAGGGAAAAUAACUGAAAGGAAUGGGGGAAUAUAACUCUACUGAGACAGGAAAUAGGAAAGAACGCAAAAGGGGUUUCCGGAGGAAACCCUAGAACAGUUGGGGACGAGUUCAAGAGCACCCCACACUCCCACUGACUUCUUCCAAAAGUCCCCCAAUAAGGGCCCGUAAGGGUCCUUCUAUCCUCCCUCGUACUGAGCCCAUGGCCCACUGUCUUAACCUUCCCUUUCCUGGUGUAAGUCACCUGGAUAAUGGGCCAGGUAUCGGGCCCAGCAAUACACCUUGUUUGCAAGGUGGAAAUCAGGGAAUUGUUGACGGAGGGUCGGGGCCAAUUCCCACGUCGCUUUCAAUUGCAGAGUGUUGACAAUUACUCCACUUCGCCUUUGAAGUCCUCGUCCUCUUUGUGAACCAGUAAUAGUUGGAGCUCCUUUUUGCGAAGGUGUCCUAGUUGGUAUUUCUCAUCACAAGAGAAACACAGGCCUCUCACCCGUCUAUCUUGUAAUUUGGAUUUUGUUAGGGACAGUCUCUUUUGGUUGCUGGGCUGUUUCUGAACAAUUUCUGUUCUCCUCGUUGGCGCUAACUUAGUCACUCCAGGGAGGCUUGAUGGUGGCGGGUGUUUUCCAUCUCCCUCUUCAUUUCUUCUUCAUCCCUCCUCUCUCGCUCUCUCUCUCUCUCUCUCUCUCUCUCUCUCUCUCUCUCUUUCUCCUCUUCUUCUGACGUCUUUGCCACAAUUAAACCUUUCCCAUAAAGGAUCCUCUUUCCUUCUUUGCACAGAAUCUCUGUGCAGAGACCUUUCGGAGGCGUGAUGGGUCCCCUGCCCUUGCUGAUGUAAUGCUAGAUUUACACAUCUCACUAGAAAAUCAAUGACUCGUAUGGGCCAGUAACGUGUAUUUCAGUUCCUUGAUGUUCUCAUAGAAAAUAUGCUCAUAACUAUUUUUUUGCCGGUGUUUCUGCUUGAAGCUCUUUAUCUUCCCAAAAUAUUAUCCAACCCCUCUUUUUGCUUCGUGGAACUUUGAUGAAGUAGAUAGAAAAUCUUUUAGCUGCAUGGUUAUUUUUCAAGUAGGAGAUCUGAGAGAACGGUUGGAAAGUCCAGACUUCCAUUCCUUGAGAAAAAAUAUUUUGCUUUGACAACUUGUCCACGGUCAGUCAGAUAUCCUCCUCAAUGCACCAUAGCCGCUUUGCUAGCAGAGCCUUCUGGGAUAGGUCUGCAGACUCUAUCCCAUUUCAUUAAGUGAGCACCAUUCCAGGAGAAGCUUCUUCCAGCGCCAUCCAUUGAUUUCCUCACUGUCUUUGGUAUUUUGAACAUGGACAUCAUACAUGAAUGAGAUAAAAUGCAUCCACCUCCUAAAGGGUGUUUGGCCUUCUACUCUAGCGUUCUAUCAAUUUUUUCAAAAUUUCAGACCAAUCUUUAAGUUUUGUUCUUCCUUUAGGUAACGGUGGCUAGUAUGUUUGAUAAGAAAUCGAGUCAAAUCAUAACCCACUAUUCCUGUAAAAAAUAUCCAUUUCUUCGUUGUGUGUGUGUCUGUGUGUAUCCCCAUAGCCUAUGUUUUGCUAAGAUUGAUGUGUAGCCAUUUCUUAAAUAAGAGUUUAUGCAGAAGCCGAAUUUAUUUCUAUGAAUCACUUGUUGAAGACAUCCUACUGUACCAUCCCGUAAAAUUACAGGGCGAUAGUUCUAAACUUGAACCAAGACACGUGAGGAGACUUGGUUUUCCCACAGUGUUGGUAUUCUUCAGGAUGCUGAGAGGGUGAGUGGCUGCUGCAGUAGUUACGCCUGAGAGCCGUGCUCAUGCGGAGAUGGAGACCCAUAUCAGUGAACUGAUGUGAGAUGACCAACCCUACAGGGGGGGGAUCCUUAGAAUCGAUUGUGUCGUUGUUGUUCGCAAUGCAGGUUUCAGCAAGAGAAAAAGGAUGGUUGGGAAAGUUAGGGAUGAGAGGUUGGUAGAGGGGGAACUAGAGGACGGGGCCCGGGGUUGGAGAUGGACUUGGAAAAAGCUAUGGGCGUCUCACCCUGAGUUACCGUACGGAUUUGCCAUAUGUGCCAUGCUACCAUUCAGAUUGGGUUUUUUUAACAGUUUUUCCAGUUUCUCUUCGCUACUAUAUAUUUCCUAGGUAAGAUUCAGAUAGGCAGAGCAGUUCUCUUAAGUCCAAUCGCAACGCAUUUAUUGAGCUCUCUUUGCUAUUUAUUUCCCUUUUCUCACAGGCUUUCCUCGACUGGAAGACUUCCCGAAGAGCUGAGCUGACGGAGUUCCAGAAGCAGAUUGGUGAGCAGUACCUUGCCAACAUUGAAGUGGAGCUAGAAAGGUGGCAGAACGCUGGAAGUGCCCGGAGGAGUGCACUGGAGAAUCUGCAGGAGACGAUGGACAAGGAGCUGGAGACGCACCAGCUGGAGCAUGGGCCCAAGACUCGCCGGGUUCCCGGCGGCGGUGCCGACGAAGAGGACGACGUUGAUGACAUCGCCGCCGAGGAUGACCCAAUGGACGACGUGCUCGGCGUCGGCGAGAGCCGGGUCGCCGCAGAUGGCGGUGAUGUCCCACCCAAGUCAGAUGCAGCAGGCAAUGGCAGUCCCAGCCCCCAAGAUGCCUCCCAGUAG